UUGGACCUGGCUACCGAAGAGAGGCGAGGCCUUGGAAGCAGAUUGGGCCUCUGCUGCACCACGUGUGGAUAUGCAUCGAGGCGGUAUAAUCUGUAUGAGGAGGUAGAGUCCAAAACCCGGGGUAGAAAAGCUGCCACUGUUAAUUAUGGGCUUCAGGUGGGCCUAAGUCAAACCCCCAUAGGCAAUGAUGGGAUGAGGAAAAUUCUUCUUUCUACUAACACUCCCCCUCCUUCUCGUAAGUCCCUGCAAAAAACAUCAAAUAAAAUUAUGCCCCUAAUAGAGACCCUUAAUGAAGCUGACAUGAGUAAUCGGUGUCGCCAGCUGGUGGAUGUCAACACUCUAAGGGGAAGUGACUCCCCACAUGCCAUCCCCGUACAGUGUGAUGGCAUGUACAAUAACCCCCUGUACUCGGGGGUGGGUGAGACACCCUUCCAGCCGGCGACACAGACAGUGUACUCAUUUGCUGAAAAUGUCACAUCAAAACACCAAAUUGUUAAAAUGGUUACAAAAAAUAAAAUCUGUUCCAAACAUGGCCACUUACUGGAGGAGGGCACUGCUAACCACCAAUGUAGUCCUGGGGUGUGUGGGGCAAACCUACCCAUGCAGCAUACAAUAGGGGAUGAGUUUACGUGGGCUCGGGAGGGGAUGGCGGAACUCCUCUGCAAAGAUGGCCUCGAGGUAAGGGAGGUAACCACUGACCCGGACAGCUCCGCUGGUCGAGCUGCAGAUUCCCUCUAUAGGGACGGUCUGCUACAAAAUAAACCAGUACACUAUAUUGACACUCGUCACUUGUCUGAGAAUAUUAGGAAGUCAAUCAAAAAAGAUCAAAAACUGUUAGAGGUCAUGCCAAAAAGAACAAAGGCAGAAAAAACCAAACUUUUGCACAAUUUUGCCCUUGAUGCUGUUGACAGAUGCACGGCAGAGAUAAACCAAGCUCAAGCAGCAUAUGCCGGAGAUGCAGAUAAAAUGAAAAACAAAAUAUCUUAUGCCAAACAUGCAAUAGUAAAGUGUUACAUGGGGGAUCAUGCAUUAUGCAGAAAACACUCUCUAGUGUGCAAAGGCAGAGUUAGUAACAAUUGGGUUAGGAAGAGUUCUUAUUUAGGUCAUGAUUUCACAAUACCGUCUUCAGUCGAGAACGAGGCAAGGCUCCAUGCCUGCAUCUCAAAGAGGUUGUGUCCAGCUGUACUGGACAGGACGAUCAAAAACAGCAACUCACAAAAGGCCGAAAGCUUCAACAGAGAACUCUGCGACGAU